GUACAUUCGAGAGUAAUUCUGAGAUCCCUUGCAAUUUUGUAUAUUUGAUUGAAGUUGAGGGAGAGCCGUACACGUACGGCUAUACAUGAUAUAUGUUAGUUAAUAUCUGAGUUUCAAAUCGAGUACAGUAUUACUUUUAUCAAAAUUUUAUUUUGCUAAUUUAUUGACUUCGCAAAUGCCUCCUGUGAAUUAGGCAUAAUAUUUGCCAAUGCUCUUGUGUGGGGUGCAGGUGGGAAUCGAUUCCCCUUGCCCCUCAUUUCCUAUAGAAAAGUCAGAUUUGCUUUGGCGGUAUUUGAAAGUACUGUUCAAGAAUUCGCGCCGGUAAUCAUGUUUGUUUAUGUUAUAGCAAUUACUUAUUUCAUAACACAACUGUGUUACAUUUGAAGUUCGACUGUUUAAAAAAUGCAGACAAAAUUUGCACAAAUAAAAGGAAAUGCCUGUAUAUCUGUGAUUAAAUUAUUGGAAAAUUUUGAAACAAAACGUCGACCAGAAUAUACUGGAAAACCACUUGCUGUUGUACAGUACAAUCAAUGGAAGUUAGGAGGAAUAAUUGCUGUUAAUUACGAAGCAAGAGAAUAUGGUGUUACUCGUCACAUGAGAGGUGAAGAAGCCAAACAAAAGUGCGCAGAUCUGAUUUUAGCUAGCGUACCAUGUACACGUGGAAAAGCAGAUACAUCCAGAUACAGAAGUGCCGGUCGCGACGUUCUUAAUGUCAUAAAGAAACACUGUAAUAUUAUAGAACGAGCUAGUGUGGAUGAAGCUUAUUUAGAUAUUACUGAUAUUGUUGCUAAAAGAAUGUCUACAAGCUUUCUUUCUCAAGAGUAUUUAGUCACACAACUUUCAAAUACAUUUAUAGUAGGAUAUUCAGAAAUUGGAAAGAAUGAUGAAGAACAAAGACGAAAAGGAGUAAAUGCUUGGCUCACAAAUAUCUUUGAAGAACUUGAAGAUGUACAAGCACAGGAACUUGCAUUAGCUGGUGUAAUAGUUGAAGAACUAAGACAAGAUAUAUAUAAUGAAACAGGAUUUAAGUGUUCUGCUGGUAUUUCAAACAAUAAAAUAUUAGCUAAAUUAGCAUGUGGAUUGCAUAAACCAAAUCGACAGACAAUUUUGCCACCAAAUGCAGUAUCAGAGCUUUAUUCGACAUUACCUAUUAAAAAAGUUAGGAAUCUCGGUGGGAAGUUUGGAGAUGUUGUUAUUGAAUCUCUUAAUUGUAAUGUUAUGGGUGACUUAUUGCAGUAUUCACUGCAAUAUCUACAAAAACGUUUUGAUGACAAAACGGGAUUAUGGUUAUAUAAUAUUGCUCGGGGUAUAGAUAAUGAGCCGGUCACUACACGACUUAUAUCAAAAUCAAUUGGAGCAUGCAAAAAGUUCCCAGGGAAACAAGCAAUUACUUCAGUAGAUGUGUUAAGACAUUGGGCUGGUGAUAUGGCAGCAGAAGUUUGUGAACGACUUGAACAAGAUCUUCAAGAAAAUGAACGGCGUGCAACAUUACUUACAGUAUGUUACCACUAUUAUCAAAAUAAGAGUACUGUUACCCAAUCGCGUUCAUGUAAUUUGAAUUCGUACAAACCAGAAAAAAUGGCAGAUCGCUGUGUAGAAAUUAUAUGUAAAUCGACGCAAUGUCCAAUAGCAUUUUUGGGAAUAUCCGCUGGAAAAUUUGUACCAGCUAAAGAUAAUCAAAAUCUUAAAAACUUUUUUAAAUUAAGCGAGAUGAAACACACUCAGGAAGUAAAUACGCAAACAAAAGAUAUAAAAUUGAAAUCUGUUGACACAGUAGUAGACACUACUGAAAUAGUAAACAAUAUACAGUUAAAUGAAUUGGUUAAUAAUUCUAAGACUGAUGAAAUGAAAAAUGCAUCAAAUAGUAAAGUAAAAACCAUUAAUAGUAUACAAUUGAAUCAACAAAUUUCUAACGAAAAAUCAGAUUGUUCACCUACUUCUAAUAAACUGAACAACUUAAUUCAGUCAUUAAACGAGCGAAAUAAAAAAAAUAUAUUUCAUGUAAAAAAGGUACAUAAUUGUAAUUUUAGCAAUUCAUUGGAUCAAAAUGACUUUAAAGGUUCAUUUUUUAUGAAUGCUCUUAAUUCAAAGGAAACUAAAAUAGAAGAUGCACAUACAUGUGAUUUUGAAUUGAUUGACGUAAAUGAAGAUAUUGAUGCUAAUUUUGAAUCUGGAAAUUCAAAUGAAAAUAAUGCAGAAAAAAAUGAUAUCGAGGACGUUUCAGGUCCUAGUACUGAAGAACAUAAUGAAUCUGAGAGCAGCAAGAAUAAAGUAGAGACAGACAUAAAUAUACGUACAAAUGAUAAUGUAAAUAAUUUGCAAAGUACUAUAAAACUAGAAGAAAUAUUUCCUGAUUUGAAUAAUAUUGAUCUUAGCGUACUUGCAUUGUUACCUUCAGAAUUACAAGAAGAAGCCAAAUUGUAUAUAAAAGCAAAAAAUAAGAAUGAUAACAAAAAAGUAAUUGUAGAAAGAAAUACAAAGGGAAAAAAUAGGUCUAAAAAAAAUGUUUCAAAAGUAAAAAAAGUUAAUAAUAUUUAUAGCUUUUUAGUCAAAAAAGAAUCUCCUAAUGUUGUUGACAUUCCGUCUAAACUAUGCACAGAAUGUUGUCAAAUGAUUCCUUUGGUAAGUUAUCAGGAACAUUGCGAUUUUCAUGUGGCUGAAAAUUUGCAAAAAGAACUAAAUAUUCCUGCAUUGCAAACGGCAAAUAUAAAAAGGAAAGGUAGCGCAAGUGAUAUAAGCACAAAUUCGAUCAAACGUCGACCGAAUGAAGAUACUUCAGAAUCUCAUAAAAGUCAUACACUUACAUCGUUCCUUUCAUAACAUUUAAUAAGAUAAAGAUCUGUAAAAUAAUUGUUAACCUAUAUGUUUUUAAAAAUGGGUCAAACAACUUAU